UUUUUCCCACUUGUUUGGGUUUACAGAGUCGGUGUUUGGCGGAUGAGGCGCCUCAUCCGGCGGCGUGCUGACGUUUUUUUGCAGGAAAGUGUGUGAUUUGCGGGGUUUGCACCGGGGAGGGGGGCGGAAAUACAGGCCGCCUCCCAGUCCGUAUAAAAGCUCCCAGUCCUGCUCCAGUCUUCCUCUUUCUGUUACCUGGCUAGGGGCAGCAGCUUUGGCCGUGAAAACCCAGAAACACCGAAACAUACAAAAUGGGAAAGGAAAAAACCCACAUUAACAUCGUGGUCAUUGGCCAUGUCGACUCCGGCAAGUCCACCUCCACCGGUCACCUGAUCUACAAGUGCGGAGGAAUCGACAAGAGAACCAUCGAAAAGUUCGAGAAGGAAGCCGCUGAGAUGGGUAAGGGCUCCUUCAAGUACGCCUGGGUGUUGGACAAACUGAAGGCUGAGCGUGAGCGUGGUAUCACCAUCGACAUCGCUCUGUGGAAGUUUGAGACCAGCAAGUACUAUGUGACCAUCAUUGAUGCCCCUGGACACAGAGACUUCAUCAAGAACAUGAUCACUGGAACUUCUCAGGCUGACUGUGCUGUGCUGAUCGUCGCUGCUGGUGUUGGUGAAUUUGAAGCUGGUAUCUCCAAGAACGGGCAGACCCGUGAGCACGCCCUGCUGGCCUUCACUCUUGGAGUGAAGCAGCUCAUCGUUGGCGUCAACAAGAUGGACUCCACCGAGCCCCCUUACAGCCAGGCCCGUUUUGAGGAAAUCCAAAAGGAAGUGAGCACCUACAUCAAGAAGAUCGGCUACAACCCAGCUGCUGUUGCUUUUGUCCCCAUCUCUGGAUGGCACGGAGACAACAUGCUGGAGGCCAGUGACAAGAUGAACUGGUUCAAGGGCUGGAAGAUUGAGCGUAAGGACGGAAAUGCCAGUGGAACCACUCUCCUGGAAGCUCUUGAUGCCAUUCUGCCACCAUCUCGCCCCACCGACAAGCCCCUGCGUCUGCCCCUGCAGGACGUCUACAAAAUUGGCGGUAUUGGAACAGUCCCCGUCGGUCGUGUUGAGACUGGAGUCCUGAAGCCCGGCAUGGUCGUCACUUUUGCUCCUCCCAACCUGACCACUGAGGUCAAGUCAGUGGAGAUGCACCACGAAUCUCUGCCGGAAGCUGUGCCCGGUGACAACGUGGGCUUCAACGUCAAGAACGUGUCCGUCAAGGAAAUCCGCAGAGGAUACGUCGCUGGUGACAGCAAAAACGACCCACCAAAGGCCGCCGAUAGCUUCAAUGCUCAGGUCAUCAUCCUGAACCACCCAGGCCAGAUCAACCAGGGUUAUGCCCCUGUGCUGGAUUGCCACACUGCUCACAUUGCCUGCAAGUUCAACGAGCUCAUUGAGAAGAUCGACCGUCGUUCUGGCAAGAAGCUGGAAGACAACCCCAAGUUUGUCAAGUCUGGAGACGCUGCCAUUGUCAAGCUGAUCCCACAGAAGCCCAUGGUUGUGGAGCCCUUCUCCAACUACCCUCCUCUUGGACGUUUUGCCGUGCGUGACAUGAGGCAGACCGUGGCUGUCGGAGUCAUCAAGGCCGUCGAUACCAAGGAAGUUUCUGGCAAGACAACCAAGGCUGCAGAGAAAGCCCAGAAGAAGAAAUGAAUGGUCGUGCAGGAUGCCAAACAAGACGUGUGCCGGCAGCAGCAGGCAACUGCCUCCCAUGCAUCUUCUUCCCAUCCCUGGUUAUCUACUCUGAGGCAUAGUUCUAUUCUCAAGGACUGGCUUAUGCUGAUUAAAACCCAUCGCAAAAGUUUUCGCAGGAAAAAGAAAUGUGGCAUAGUCGUCUAACUGAAUCACAGGACGGUGCCUCUUUAACUUUGAAUUUAAAAAAAAAAAACUGUUUCAUUGUUCAAAUGCCACAAGUUGAUUGGAACAGAAGCUGCUGGUAACUAAUAAAAUAAAUGUCUUUGAAAAAAUCGCAA